AUGAAUCAAGACACACUUCCCAACUUCAGCAAAGUGGCACUGCGGGCUCUGUGUGCACCACCUGGAUCUAUACAUGCAGAACGCUUAUCUACAGAGCUGGACUGCCUGCAGCACAGCAAGAGGCUCAACAUGAGUGAGGAAACCUUGAAGAGAACUGUCAGCUACGCUACAAGCUGGAUUCGUCAGCCAGCUGAGAAAGCACUGGAAUGGCUGGGGCGGAUCGACUCUGAUGCAGACACAAGAUAUGUGUCGUCAGUCCAGGGCCGGUUCACCAUCAGCAAGUCUGAUUCCAGCAGCACUUUGUUCUUACAGAUGAACAGCCUGAAGACUGAAGACCCUGCCGUGCAUUACUGUGCUCGAUACCCACAAUGGAAAGGUGACGUACGUGUUGAAAUGCUAGAGUGUGGCUGCACGAUCCCUGAUUACUUCAUUCUCUUUAAAGGUGGAAACAACUUGAGGCUGGUGGAUAAAGACAACCGCUGUGAUGGAAGAGUGGAGGUCUUUAAGAAUGGGCAGUGGGGGACUGUUUGUACUGAAGCUAAUAAGUGGUACCCAGCAAAUAGCAAUGUUAUUUGUAAACAACUGAGCUGUGGACCUUAUGAAGGAGCUUUCUACUUUGCAGCCAGUUCUGGACCUAUCUUGCUGGGUGGGGUUAAUUGCGAGGGAACAGAGACUAAUUUCCUCGAUUGUAAAUCUGACACAGAAGCUUUAAAAACCUGCACCCACGAAAAAGAUAUCCGAGUCAAAUGCAAUGAGAAAACAGCUAAGAUAAUUGGUGCACCAUGCCAAGGCCGUUUGGAAGUGAGCCGCGUUGGAGUCUACGGCACAGUGUGUUCCAAGUCUUUUGACUCCAGAGAUGCAGAUGUUGUCUGUAGAGAACUGGAGUGUGGCAUUUCCAAAGCUGUGUUGUCUGGAGCUGACCCUGGAGACAGUACAACCCCGAUAUGGACAAACGAGAUCCUGUGCCAGGGCAAUGAAACAUAUCUAGUCUACUGCCAAACCGCAGAGACUGAGCAGCAAAACUGCACACAUGCACACGACGUGAGCAUCGUCUGUUCUGGAUACACUGAGGCCAGGCUGGUCAAUGGCAGUGACCGGUGUUCUGGUCGAGUGGAGCUGAAGUACGACAGCCAAUGGGGCACAGUCUGCGAUCAGAACUGGGACUUGAGGGAUGCCACAGUUCUCUGCCAGCAGCUGGAUUGUGGGUAUGCUGUUACUGCCCCAGGACAGGGCCAGUUUGGGGAAGGCAGUGGUCCUGUCCUGACCGAUAUAUUCGACUGUGAAGGCACCGAGACUGAGUUAUGGAAGUGUCCCAUCUCUACGCAGGGACGCAGUACAUGCGCUGAUCGUAGUGAUGCAGGAGUUAUCUGUGAAGCUCAUGCUGGUGCAGUCAGGCUGCUUGGUGGAUCAGGGCACUGUGGAGGCCGGGUGGAAGUUUACUACAACAGGACGUGGGGGAGAGUUCUCCUCGACUCCUGGAGCAGCACAGAGGCCUCGGUGGUGUGCAGAGAGCUGGGCUGCGGCUCUGUGAUCUCAGCCUCUAACGCCUCUCGAUACGGGAGGGAUCACAGUGGCGUGUGUCUCACAGGUAUCCUCUGCAGCGGGAACGAGACCCACCUGAGGAACUGCAGCCAUCCACAGCCAAUCCCCUGCAACACCAGUAACAGUGUGGCCGUGCUCUGCUCUGAUCACAUGGCUCUCAGGCUGGUUGGGGGAGGAGGUGACUGUGCUGGGAGGGUGGAGGUUUAUCACAGCGGCUCCUGGGGGACGGUCUGCGAUGACUCCUGGGACCUGGCAGACGCGGAGGUGGUGUGCAAGCAGCUCCAGUGCGGGGCGGCCCUCAAUGCCACAGCCUCCUUCGGACAGGGAACCGGACCCAUCUGGCUGGACGAGCUGCGCUGUCAGGGAAACGAAUCAGCUCUGUGGGAGUGUGCCUCGGGAGGGUGGGGGCAGCACGACUGCCAACACAAGGAGGAUGCGGGGGUCAUGUGUUCAGGGUUCAAGCAGCUUAGACUGGUUAGUCCCGAGUUCGACUGUGCUGGACGACCAGAGGUUUUUUACAACGGAACCUGGGGUAUUGUCUGCGGCAAUGGGAUGAAAGGGAUCACUGCUACAGUCAUGUGUCUCCAGCUGAACUGCGGAGAGAGCGGAUCUAUUAAAACUCGGUCUGAAAAGAGCCCUGGUCUCAAAUGGCUUGAUAAUAUUCAAUGCAAAAAGCACGACACCUCACUGUGGCAGUGUUCUUCAUCGCCUUGGGGGCCGGAGGACUGUGAGGACGGGGAUGUGGUGGACAUUGUUUGCUCAGGUAAACGGGAAAAAACUACAACCAACAGCUCAAAAACUUGUACCGAAGACCCCACCCAAGAGCUCUGCUUUGAGCCAGCAGCACUGCGGCUGGCUGGAGGCUCCAGUCGCUGCUCUGGACGGGUGGAGCUGCAGUACGGGGGCUCCUGGGGGACAGUCUGCGAUGACUCCUGGGACCUGAAGGAUGCCCAGGUUGUGUGCAGGCAGCUGGGCUGUGGGGCAGCGGUGAGUCCAGUGGCAGAGGCUGAGUUUGGAGAAGGGGUUGGUACCAUCUGGCUGGACGAGGUGAACUGCAGGGGCAGCGAGCUCCAUCUAUGGGACUGCCGGCACUCUCUUCUGGGACACAGCGACUGCAAACACAAGGAGGAUGCAGGGGUUAUCUGUGCAGGGGAUUCAGGUCCCCCCAAGCCCAGGCAGAUUCCUCCGAGUGACCAGUUCUUUCCAGUGGUUGCCUGCAUCAUACUGGGAGCUCUGCUGUUUGUGGUCUUCAUCCUCUUUGGAGGACAGCUAGUGAAGAACAGGCUGCUGAGGAGAGGGAUUGCUGAGAUGAAUCUCGCUGCUUCCCACUUCAAUGAGCCACUCUAUGAGGAGAUUGAGUACAAACUGGCCAGGCAGGGAAUCUACAGCUCCCACGGGAGUGGGAGUUUCCUUGCAGAUGAUGAUCUGCCCUAUGAUGAUGUGGACGAUACAGCAGGAAGCCUCACUGCAGGCAGCCUGCCUUCUGGUAACCUGCCGUAUGAUGAUGUAGGGUACAGUGAUGGGAACUCAAUGGCAGGUUCGGAGAAUGCCCUGGCUGUUCUACCCACUGCAGAACCCCCCGCCCCUGAAGAUACUGUCUAUGAUGAUCUCUACAAUGAAUCUGCAAGCCUUGAGGAAACAGAGAGGGAGUGAUGCUGUUAAGACAUGGUGUGUGUGUUUGGGGGGUCUCUUAUUGUACAAACCAUUCGGACAAGACAACUGCAAAGAGAAACGGUGCAAAUACAAGAGAUACACCCACCACACAAUGUGUUCUCUUAUUACAAAGCACACAGAUGAGCAUCAUACUCAGAACACAGCCUUUUCUUUAUUUGAAGUAUUGCACUCCUUUAUGGUGUGUAACGCUCCAGUCUGGGGAAUGGGAGUGGAUGCUGGAAACACUGGUCCAGUUUGUUUUAGUUUAUUAUUCCCAUGAUUUAAAUGCAGAACCCAGCGAGGUCAUCAAAGCAAGACUGAAGUUAGUCUUCACUGAACUGAAGGUACUGCAGUAGCUUGUAAGUGCGAGUUCUGUUUGAUUUUGGUAUUAGUCUACAGUGGUCUGAGCACAUCUGUACACUGAAAUGCUG